AUGAAUUUCGAAAUUUAUCAACCAAAUUUACCAUCCACAAUAGUAUUUAACAAUGAGGAUAGCAUUCCAUACAAUGUAGAUGGUGUAAGAAAUCAUAAUUUGUACCUUCUGAAUAAUCGAGGAACGGGAGAGAGUACAGAUUCGUUACUAGAUGAGACACUAAAACUUGGAGUGGCACUUGAAUGUAGACACAAUUUUAUUCACUCCGGCGAUUAUAGUGAAGAGCUUUUAUCAAAUCAAGGCUUCUUUAGGCAGAAAUACCAUCGACCAUCAUCGGCAAAACAAUUGCAUCAUUCAGUGGUCUAUCAACGAUUGGAUAUAAAUGAAUCACUCGAUAAAGAUCAGGCUUCAGGUUGGGCAUAUGAGAUCGCUCAAGAGGUUAAACAAAGAUUAGCAGAUAGAGAUCCUAAAAAAUACAGAUACCUAGUAAAUGUAACAAUAAUGGAGAAUAAGUUAACGGAAAAUAUGAUUAACUCUUCGCAAAAUAAGCGUAAUCAGAUAUUAUUAAGAGUCGAGAUGUUUCAGUAUUUGACGGGUUAG